CUGACAGAUGUCAAAGUUAAAAAGUAAAGCCCUUAUUUAAGUAAAAUAUCGGAGAAUUGCCGCAGUCUAUUUUCCCACAUUAAAUUUUCUGUGGUUAUCUGAAAGUUAAUCUGUAUUUUAGUAACGUUGGUUAAAAUAGCAGUAUGUCGAAAGCGCAUCCUCCAGAGUUGAAAAAAUAUAUGGACAAGCGGCUUUCCCUAAAACUGAACGGAGGACGGGUAGUUUCAGGUAUUUUACGUGGAUUUGAUCCUUUCAUGAACGUUGUUGUCGACGAGUCAAUCGAAGAGUGCAAGGAUGGUACUCGUAACAAUAUCGGAAUGGUGGUCAUUCGAGGAAACAGCAUCAUUAUGGUGGAGGCAUUGGAUCGAAUAUAAAUUAAGGGAAUCUUCAUAAGCUAUUUAUCUAAUAACGGUGUGAAUGAAAGGAUUAAAAUAAACCACAUACUAAUACUGA